GCGUUGUAAGUUGGAGCUUAGUAGUAAUGCAUCGUUAAACUGAGUUUCAUCUUAUUCAGUCAGAGCAAACUUGGUGAAGUUUGCCAAACAUGAUGAAUUUAUGUGAAUGGAAGAUUCAGGUACUUUGAAACGAAAAACAGAGAGUAAUUCCCCCUUGAGAAUGAAGACUCAUUUUUCGAUAGUUGAUGUUGGAGCAAUGUGACGAGAAACUAUCAAAUUUCGAAGCUGUAAUGUGUUUAAGGAUUGUUAUCAACACAGAAAUCAUUGGAAGGAACCAUUUUUGAAGAUUCCUUACAAAGCAGUCAUUGCACAGGCCGGCUGGAGUGGAGCAUCUUGACUCCUGCCUCCAUCGAGCUUCUGCUGACGAAACGCUUCUCACAAACAUCUUGUCAUCGAGAAGCGACAGUUACCUAUCAACAUCAACAGCAGACACUUCUAUAUCUCAGUUCUAACAUGUUUGCAUCCAUACUGAGGUGCAACUGCAUAAUGUUCCCCACCAGAAGAACAUCGUGGGUUGUUCUUCCAUACUGCCUAUUCGUUGUGAUGGUGCGAAUGGAGGUGAGCGCUGAAAGUGGUGACCAGGGCAGAGUGCUGUCGCAAAUGAUCAUGGUCAGCGACGAAAACGAUGGUCCACUCAUGGAGCAGGCCAAAAAGUAUACCGACAGAAACAUACCAGUUAUCCUCACCAAGUACGGCCCUAUUCCUUACAAGCCUUUGCCGAUGAGCUCACUAGACCAACCCAAAGAUUUGUCGCCAAUGAAGAAGCAUCCUAGUGGAAAGGGCUACUACAAGUCGACGAUCACCCCGGUAGAUAUCAAGACAGGGGAGCCACUGCAGCCUGGCCGUGAAUCUCUCCGUUCCAGGUAUGAGCCUGCCAGAAAUGAGCAUCAGCCCGGAGACAGACUGCAGAGGCUGGAGGAUUCUUUUGAUUUCAAUAGCUUCCCUUCACAACGUAUACAGAGAACUGCGGCUAUGCAGUUUAAUAGUCCUCUGAAUCAGAGGAACGAUCCGUUUAGGUCAGACAACUUCAAUUUCAACUACAACAACCCGUUUCCUGAAUCGGAUUUCAGCAAGAGCUACUUUAAGAGGGAGAGUGGUUACCGUCCAUCGUUCCCGAUGGAUAGCAGGAUCGUGUCGGAUGUGAGGUUUGGAGGCAGCGCUGACUUGGGAGCCGAACAGGAGGCGGCGCUGAAGCUGGCCCUGGACCCGCGCACGGUCGAGCAGGCGCGGCUAAUGGCCGAGCGCCCGUUCCACGACCAAUUCAACAACAUGCACCACAUGAUGAGGCACCGACCUGCAUCCUCCAUCAGCGAAACGCACCAUCAUCACGACAUGAAAAAAGAGAAACGCCACCACAACAGCGACAGCUAUCCCACGUCAUCCGAAUCGCACAAUAGAAACAAUAACAACCGAUCGCAUCCCCCGAGACAGUCUUCGCUGCACAGUGUGGUGCGCGGCAGUUAUGGCAAAACAGCCAGCAAUAUACCGCUUUAUUGAUAGCAGACGAGCAAAACUUUUAUGAUGCACUCGUGUGCUCGCAGCUCGCAGCUCGCAGCUCGCAGGUCACUCGCAACGCAACAAACAACCAAAGAAACGUCGCUGCUAUAUGUAUAGUGCCCCCCACCACCCGACAGCUGAUGCAAUUCAAUUUAUUCUAUCUCUGCUGAGAGUGCAAAUCCCUGUUAUGUAUCGACUUUCAAGGGCGGUGUACGUGAAUUAAGUAUUCUGUGAGAAAAAGGGAUUUUUAAAUACAAUUUACAAUUUAAAAUUGACUCUAUAUACAGAAGCUCUAUAUAAAUAGACGCUAUAAACUGUGAAACCUAUUUUUUUUCAAAUUGAAUAAAUUUAAAUCUCAAAUCUUAUUCAGUCAGUGGUUCUUAAACUUGUUUGAUGACCGUACUCCUUUGUAAAGAUAUUUCAUCUUACAUAAUAGGUCUAUAUCCCUUCAAGCAUGUAUGAGGAGUGAUUAUUGAUGGUAUGAGGAGGAGGAGGAUGAUUUUAUUUGUAGGCUAUUGAAAUAGAUUUUCACAUGAAAAACUGAAUAAGCAUCGAAAAAAGUAUCCACUUUCUAGCACAGCUCACCACAAUUUGGUGAAGCUCUUAUUACAAAUGAAUGUGCAUAUUAUGUUUCUUGUGAAUUAUUAGAUUAAUAAUGUUUCUCGUAAAAUUGGACUGAGUAAUCAAUUAGUAUCCAGCCUACAAAAAAUGCAUCUCACAUAAUUUAGUUCAUAAUGUGCAAUCAAUUUUGACCUUGGCACCCCUGAGGUUCAAUAUUGGGAAAAUUCUAAGCUACGAACUAUAGCUACUAUAAUGAGCUAUUGAAUUAUCAUAAUACUAUAAUGUUGAAUACUAAAUUUGUCCGGUAUCGAUUAUCUUUUUUUAAUUUUCCAUUAUGCAAGCAAUUGCCAUUUCGAGUAAAAUAAAUACCUCAGAUACAUUAUCUCAAGACGAUUCAUAAUAUUAUAUGUGUAUAUAUUUUAAACAUAUUGAAAAUAUUUUCCUUAUAUAUAAUACCGUACCGGUAGGUAGGCCUAAGUCAAUUUUUGCGUGUUCUAUAUUUCAGCUAUUAUUUUCGAAGUAACCAGUCAAACUCUAAGUAAGAGCAUAAAUAUCGAAACUAGCAGUUAUUAUUAUUUAAACUCAAUUUCUAAACAUUUUAUAAUAAUUGAAAGAGAAUGUAAUUUCAAUACUCACAUACAAGUAGUGUUAUCCUCUCUUUAUUGUAUAGUAGCCUACACAUGCGAAUUUACAUAACAAUAGGCUAAUUCCUUGUUUUUAUAAUAAUUUAGGAAUCCAUUUAUCAGUGAUAUCCAUAAUAGUUUCCAUUUAUAGUUUCCAUUUUAUAGUUAUCCAUUUAUAGUUCACAUUUUUCAUCAUGAUUCAUUUCAUGAGAAGUUCUUCAUUCUUCAUGGUAUUUUCAUUCAACUUCUGAGUAGUUCUCUACUUUAUUCUAUAAGAGAGUGAAUAUGGAUAUCCAAUAAACUGAAGAUGUAGGCCUAAUUCUUAUUAUAGGCUAUGAAUAUGUAUUUUCAAAUUUUUCAAUUGCUCAGUGACAGCAAUUUUGAAUUUUCAAUAGUCUUGAAUUUAUGAAUUGGGAGAGCUACCUUGAAGGCCUGGGUCGAGAGAGAGGAAGUUCCAUGAGGGAAAUGAGAAGAAUGACUGAGGACCGGGAGGCGCGGAAGAGAUGGGCCAAGGCUCGGACCCCUACGCUGUAAUGACAGAAGGGGAAAAGAAAAAGAAGAAGAGACUUGAAUACUAAGGAGCUGGAACCAAAGAUCUAGUAUAAAAUAGAACUCAUUAUAGACGUGCAAUAUAAUUAAAUGUUUUAUAUUUAAUAAUAAUCAAGCUUUAGAAACUACACAGUAUAAAAUUUUCAUCGUUAGAAGUUUGUCGUUUUCUUUCAAUUAUGAUGUAAUGAUGUAAACUCACUCCUAUGAAAUCAUGAUGUAAAUAAAUAAAUUCUUCUUUUGUUGA